AUGGCACCUUUCCAUGCUGAUGAGGCAAAGACGAGUAUGCAACUUCAACCUUGCGCAGCUUGCAGAAUGUUACGCCGCAGAUGUGAGAGUAAGUGCGUACUCGCUCCGUAUUUCCCAACCGAUGAAGUUGAGAAUUUUGCUCUAGUGCAUAGAGUGUUCGGUGCUAAAAACGUUGUCAAAAUUAUUCAGAGGGUUGAGGAAGCAAAGAGAGGUGAUGCAGUUAAAUCCAUGGUGUACGAGGCCAUAGCAAGGGUUAGAGAUCCAGUUUAUGGGAGUGCUGGAGUUAUUUAUGAGUUACAGAAGAUGAUCGAGGAACUGAAGGCACAGUUGGAUUCGAUAAAAACACGGAUCUCAGAGAUUAGAGAAGAAAAGGAGCGAUUGUUGAGCAUUGGUAACAGUUACGAUCCUUUAUCUGACAUCAAUGUCCCUAUGUUUGAUUCUGCUAUGGCCUCGGAUCCGUUUGAAUUUCAUGUGGAAGGUGGCUGGCUAUACAGCAAUAUCUCAACACCCUCCUAG